UAUCCUCUUCGGCAUUUCACUAAAGGAAAGAGAUCCUGUAACAGCAAAACAAGGGUUGAAUUGCAUUUUCUAGUUGUAAAAGAACUUGUGGGAGAAAAGAACGGAGAAAAGAGGAAUCUUUGGCAGUUUUAAGUGGCCAUGGAGAGGCUUGACAGGUUGAUGAAGUGUGUGGUGGUGAUGUGGUUGUUGGUGGUGGUGCUGGUUUCGUAUGCCGCAGUGGAGGAGGCGAAAGAACAGGGGCAGAGGACUACAGAGGCAGCGCAAGAGAAGGCUCAGGAGGCCAAGGAGUCUUCCGAGUCAUGGACUGAUUGGGCAAAGGAUAAGCUCUCUUCCUUUUCUGGUGUUGUUACCGAUGAAGCUGGCAAUAAGUAUGAUAGUGCAAAUCAACAAGUGAGGGACCAGAAAGGUACUGCCCAGGACCUCGCUAGCCAGGUGGGAGAAGGACUAACUAAUGUUAAAAAGAAAGUCUCCGAGGCAACAACUGGCGCUCGUUCUUAUGGAGGACAGAAAGCAAGUGAAGGAGUAGAAACUUUGCAAGACGCAAAGGAUUCAGCUCAAUCAUAUGGAGGCAAAGCAGGGGAAAAAUUAGGUAAUGUGAAGGACACAGCUCAAUCUUAUGAAGGACAAGCCCAAGAAACCAUUGGCAACUUGAAGGACACAGCCAAGAGUAAGACAAGCCUCACAGUAGAACAGGCUGAAGAAGCUCUGAAGAAAGCAAAGGAAAAUGUGAAGGAGAAAGGCAGCAAAGCAGUAGAACAGGCACAAGAAGCUUUGAGGCAAGCAAAAGACGCUGCAAUGGAUAAAGGUGCCAAAGCCAGGGAAGCAAUAGAGAACAGCAAGGACUCUACUUUCGGCAACUUGAAGGACACAACCAAGAGUAAGAUAAGCCUUACAGUAGAACAAGCUGAAGAAGCCCUAAUGAAAGCAAAAGAAAAUAGUAAGGAGAAAGGCAGCAAAGCAGUAGAACAGGCACAAGAAGCUUUGAGGCAAGCAAAAGAAGCUGCAAUGGAUAAAGCUGCGAAAGCCAGAGAAACAGUAGAGAACAGUAAGGACUCUGUCGGUAACUUGAAGGACACAGCUACGAGUAAGACAAGCCUUACAGUAGAACAGGCUGAAGAAGCCCUGAGGAAAGCAAAGGAAAAUACUAAGGAGAAAGGGAGCAAAGCAGUAGAGCAGGCACAAGAAGCUUUGAGGCAAGCAAAAGAAGCAGCAAUGGAUAAAGGUGCCAAAGCCAGAGAAACAAUAGAGAACAGCAAGGACUCUGGUGGUAACUUGAAGGAUACAGCUAAGAGUAAGACAAGCCUUACAGUAGAACAGGCUGAAGAAGCCCUGAGGAAAGCAAAGGAAAAUACUAAGGAGAAAGGCAGCAAAGCAGUAGAGCAGGCACACGAAGCUUUGAGGCAAGCAAAAGAAGCAGCAAUGGAUAAAGGUGCCAAAGCCAGAGAAACAAUAGAGAAUAGCAAGGACUCUACUCUCGGCAACUUGAAGGAUACAGCUAAGAGUAAGACAAGCCUAACAGUAGAACAGGCUGAAGAAGCCCUGAGAAAAGCAAAGGAAAAUGUGAAGGAGAAAGGUAGCAAAGCAGUGGAACAGGCACAAGAAGCUUUGAGGCAAGCAAAAGAAGCUGCAAUGGAUAAAGGUGCCAAAGCCAAAGGAACACUAGAGAGCAGCAAGGACUCUACUCUGGAUGCUGCAGAACAUGCUUAUGAGACAACAAAACACAAGGUUGGUGAAGCCUAUGAGUCUGCAAAGGACACCGCGAGUGAGCAGGCCAAGCAAAAAUACGAGUCUGCUAAGGAGACCGCCUCCAAAGCUGCUGGAGACGUUGGGGAGAAGCUAAAACACACUUGCCAAGGUGGGAGGGAGAGUCCCAAUUGUAAGAAGCAUGACAAUCAUGAAGAGCUAUAGAAUGGAGUGGCUUUUAUAAGAUGUAAAUAGAUCUGUGGGAUUUUCAAGUGUCUGAGCUGGUUUUUAGAUUGUAAGUUCAUAGUAUAUUUUGGUCACUAGUUGCGGAUCUGUACAUGAAAACUUUCUGGACUAAAAUAAAUAUGAGGAUUUUGCAA